AUGGCUCUCACAAAUCCCCUGGGGAAGUAUUUUCCACCCCAAAGAACCCUAUCACGGUUUAUCACAGGUGUCAUUGCGAUCGACACGCCAUCCGUGCAAGGGUUCACCUGGCGAGGCCCGAUAAGGUGUAGUUGCCCGAUAGUCUGCCAUGGCAUGCACAAUGGGGUAAUUCAGAACAUCCAAGCCGACCUGCCGUGUGGUGUUACCAAUUCCAGCCAUCCCCAUGUUACCUGCUGCGUCAAUGGCGACUAUUGCCUCAGCAAUUCCAUCUGCGUGAACACGAAGAACAAGAAUGGGAAUUAUUAUUAUGCGGCCGACUGCACAGACGAGACCCUGACAGAUCCCGCCUGCGGGACACGAUGUGGCUACUGGGCAUGCUGCGAAAAUUCCGCCGGGACGGUGAACUGCUCGGACCCAUCCGAAGAAAUCUUCCCCGGAGUCGCGCCCUCCAAACUCGCUACCAUUCAAUAUCUGCCAUCCACGGCGUCCGGCACGCCAACUUAUGCGGUCGCAUCUUCUACCUCUACCUCCGAUUCCUUCGCCUCUAAUACUACAACAACCUCGUCCUCUUCUUCUUCCUCCACCGGUUCGUCCAGCAGCGGUUCUUCCGGGAUUGGUGCCGGCGCGGCUGCCGGAAUCGGUGUAGGCGCUGCCGCAGGCCUUGUCAUAGUCGCGGCCAUACUAGCACUUCUGUACUUCCGCCGGCGGAAUGCGCAGAGUGAUGGGCUUCCCCAAGGGGCUGGGGGAUAUAAUGGGUUGGGUGAUGGGUCGUGGGCGCAGUCUCAGCCCGUGGUUCAUCAGGUAUAUGAGCUGGAUCGGUCCGGGCCGCAUCCCGAACUGGAUGGGCAACCUAAAGCCAUGUAA